GCCCAAACAACUCACAUGAACCCAGUUUGUGCCAUUUUUGAGAUAUCCUGCACCUUGAUUCAGAUUAUGUUGGCGGGUGGACACCAUAACCUGCUCCAUCUCAGGCAUCAAAUGGCCGUGAACUUGCUGGCUGCUUUAAGAGAGACAAUGGGACAUUCUGGAAUGGGAGAGCGUUCCAAGAGAACCAACCACACAACAAGGAAACAGCUGAAGGUAUCCUCCUCUGCCGACUCAAGAUCAAGCCUCCCCCCCACCGUCACCCUGGCGCUGCAUUGCUUAGACGGGGUCUUCCUCUCUCCCAUGGAGAAUGACUUCGUCAACAAGAUCAUUGAGGAGCUGGACCACUUCUUGCUUCAGAACCAGCUGGAGAAGGUCCUAUUGUUUCCUCCCUUGUCCAGUCGCCUCCGGUACCUGAUCCACCGGACUGUUGACGAUGUUGACCAUCUGAGCAGCUUCUCUGUGGGAGAAGGAUGGAGGCGGAGGACGGUGGUCUGCCACUCGGCCAUAAGGUUACCAGAUGAGCCAGAGGACCGAGAUGGCUCCCAUGGAAGCACCUCCACCUCAAGUCAUCCUCCCCAUUCAAAGAACAGAGGAGGCCGGUCAAGAGGAGGCCCAAGGGGGGGCCCACGGCACGUGGAAGCCCUGGCCGAUGGCUCUCAAGCGCGGAGGGGAAACGGCCGGGGACGGAGACAGCCCCGGAAGAAGCCGGACCGAGCUCUGUAUGUCCCCAGGGCCAUGAGGAAGAACCCCGAGGGCUUGCAAAAGGAAGAGCUUCCUGAAAUAUCUGGAAGUGAGUCUAGUGGCUUUGGGACAACUGAGUAUGACAUUCAGAGAUCAAACGUGAUCAACGGAAGUGAUAGGAUUAUUGAGUCCGACAAGUUACCUGGUCCUGAUGUGGAACAUGCAGAGCCUGAAAUCCCCCAAGAGAUGUCUACAACUACUUCAGAGUCUGAUAUGAAGAGUGGAAAAGGAGAGGCAAAGUGCCCAAGUUCUUCUCUGAUGGAAAGUCCACCCAGUCUGCCGGAAGAUGUCACCCAGCCUCAUGAUGAGCCAGCUACCUUCACCUUAGAAGCCAGCCAAACCUUGGAUGCAACACUGAGCCCAUCUACAGGUGGCAGGGAUACUGUAGAACCUGAAUGCUGUGAACAGUCAGACUUCCAGGAAGGCCAGAAAGAGGAGAGUCCUGCAAAUGUAGUUCCAAGAGAAAGUGGGCAGCUACCAUCGCUGGGAGAACAAGACAGUCUACUUCCAGAGACCACUACUGUAGAGUUGAGCAUGAAGAUAUCAAUUCUAGAAGACCAGGGAAAGAGCUGUUCGGAUUCCUCUAUUUUGGAAAGUGGCACCUUCCCAUCCCUGCCAGAAGACUGUGAAGGGCAUAUUGGAGAUACCAUUUUGCCAAAUCCUAUUAUUGCUCCAUGCAUCGUUGAAGAUACUGUCAGUGGAAUGGAAGAGGAGACCCAGGCGCCACCUUCUCUGGAACAGGGCACGACAGAUGACGCUGUGUCGCAGUGCAAUUCGGAAAUGCCAGCUUCGGGAACCCCAAUGAAAAUCUGCUCCGAUGCCUCUUUGUUCCAGUGUAGACAGACUGAGUCCUGUAGAGACAUUGGGGAUCAAAACAGAACUGGUUUCCAUGUUCCCGGGUGGACAUCCUCCCUUGGACAGAGAAGCUGCAAAGAUCCAACUGUGUCGGAUUCUCCAGUCUCACCUUAUCUAAAUACCUCUGUUUGUGAAUAUGGCAAAGGCGGCUGGGUUCUUGACAACCAGCAGAGAGACACACUAGACCUGGGAGGAAAUCGGUGGCCUGGGCUGGAACUGUCUUCUGGGGACACAGGCCUCGGGAGCUCUGUGGUGGAAGAAAAGGACAGCAGCAUCUUUGAGGAGGACUGCGGUGCUGAGCUCUUGCAAGAGAUCACAAAUUAUUUGACCAUAAAGGACAUAAGCAUUGAGAAAAUCCAGUUUGAUUAUUCUAGCUAUGGGGAGGCACAGAUCAACGAAGGAGAUUUUGGACAUGUGCUCGAGAUCUAUGAUUUUUCUCCCUCACUAAAAACGGACCACCUCCUGGAGGUCUUUGCAGAGUUUCAAGAGAGUGGAUUUAAGCUGCAGUGGGUCGAUGACACGCAUGCUCUCGGUAUCUUCUCCAGUUUGGCAGCAGCAUCUCAAGCACUGGAACAGGGUUAUACCUCCUUAAAGGUCCGGCCUCUAAUCCAUGGUACGAGACAGUCCAAAAUCAAAGCACUUCAGCGGCCAAAGCUCCUGCAACUUGCCAAAGAGCGGCCUCAGACGGAUACAGCAGUGGCCAGAAGGCUGGUGUCAAGAGCCCUGGGAUUGCCACGGAAAACACCACGGGACCUUCCUUGCCAAUUGCCAGAGCCACAGAACGUAAAACCGGCAGAGUAAAGCUGGCUGCAUGGGGCGAUGAUGACGAUGAUUGGGGUGCGGUAUUAAACCAUGUAUACCAACAGCGUGACGGUGGCAGGUCUCAUCUCUGCCUAUUGGAUAACCUUUGUGGGUUUGUUUUUGGGUUUGUUUUUCAGCACAGAAAUGCUGGUUGUGUUAGAAACAGGAAAUUACUUGUGUUGGUGAAAGUUCAUGGUGAGUUCCAGAAAACCCUCAUGUUUGGAAGGCCCAGGGUAUAAGAAAUGGGCCAAGGCAUAAGAAACCCCCACUCACCCUCUUUUUUUUUUCUUUUGCAAUAUGGCCAGUGCAUCUUUACAUUUAUGUGUAUGUGACCAGGUUGGUUUUAUUUUUAUUUCAUUUGUAAAACUGCUUGGAGAAAAGCUGGCAAGACCUGGAACGGACAUUCUCAGUCCUAAAAUAGCAAACAUUCUCGGUCCAGAAGGAUAACUUUUGUACUUUCCUUUCUCUCCCCUUGUUGUGCCUGUCUUCUUGGUUUUGCCAAGCAGAGCUGGGGGAUGUUCUUUCCAGCCAGAAAGAACUAUAAAGGAAGAGAGUGGUUAUCUCCUUCACUGCCCCUAUCCAGUUCAAAUUUUGCAAAUCUGCAAAUCAUAAUCCCCACCCCCAGGAAUUGUUUUUGAAAGUGGCUGGGAACUCUAAACUGCAGCAUGACACAAUGCCCCCCACCAGAAGUAAAGGAAGAAUGAAGUAGCUUUCUCUCCUUUAUAUUUACUCCCAUUGGAAAAGGUAAGCUUUCUAGCAACGUGUUGAAGAUAAGAGGUUGAAAUUCUGUUGAAGACUUCAGUUAUGAUAGAGUGAUUAUGUUUACUGUUGUAUAAGGAGUUAUCUAGGGUCUUUUUGCACCAUAGUUUUGCCAAGUUAGGCAGCAGCUGCCAGGCAGUCCUUGGCACAACUGUCCCUGGUGAUGUGGACCAAUUUGCCAUCUUCAUGGCCUGAGAUCCUUUGCAUAAAUAUUCUGGUUACCAUGUGCCAGCUACAAAGGGUUUCCAUAUACUUCUUGCCUGGGUUUUUGGCCUCAUGUAGCUCACGUCUGCAAAUAAAUACCCAUCUUUGCACCAAGAGAAGGCCAGCCUCUCCAUUCCCCCAGGAGGCCUGUGUGUGAGACAAACCAUAAAAGACAAAACAAAGCGAAAUGUUUGCAUCCGUUCAAUACCUUCUUUACUCAAAGUUUGUUAAGGAGGUUUUUCCCCUCUGGUUUUGGUUUUUCGCAUUAAAACUGUUUACAUAAAUA